AUGACGAGCGACCGCUCGGCGCGUCCCGUCAACAGCGCCUUCUCGCGGCGGACGCUGGACGCUGCGCCGCUCGCCUCCGCCUUUGAGCGGGAGGGCUAUUUGCUGUUCCCACGGCUGCUGACCCGGCGCGCCACGGCGCAGGCUCAGCGGGCAGCCUCGCGCCUGUUGCGUCGCCGCCACGCGUCGGUGCCGUCCGGUUGGCUGCUCGGCCUCCACCAGCGCAACCAGCCAGAGCCGCAGCGGUGGGUCGAGCGCAUCGCCGCCGACCCAGCCGUCGCCCGUCUGGUGCGGGCCCUGCUCGGCGGCAGCCGGCCGGUGCUGGUCUCCUCGCAGCUCUUCGUCAAGCGCGCCGCCGGCCGCGCCGACGACGAGGCGGCGCCCUCCUCGGGCGAGGUGCCGUGGCACCAGGACGGCGCCGCGGGCGGUCACUCGCUCGCCAUCUGGCUGCCGCUCGACGCCAUCGACCCGACGGGACACAACGGAGGGCUCGCGGUGCUGCCGCGGCUGCACGCGAGCGGCCGGCUGCCCAGCGAGCCUUGCGAGGCGAACGCGGCCUCGUUCGACCGCAUCCAGCCCGAGGCGCUCGCCGGGCACGAGGCGACCGCCGUCCGGUACGCCCUCGCGGCCGGCGGCGCGGGGCUGCACGGCCCACUCACGCCACACUCGUCGCCCCCGAACGCGAGCGGCGCGGACCGGCGGGUGCUCGUGCUGCGCUACUGCGCGGCGGGUGCGCCGGCGGUGCGCGGCGAGCGGCUGUGGGCGCCAGGCGGCGCGGUCGCGGCCGCCGGCGGCGAGCCGCGCACGCAGAUCCCGUGCUGGUCCUCGGGCGAGCUCAUCGACCGGCAGGGCCUGCUGGUGGGCGGGGAGGGGGGGGCGGCAGCGCCGUCGCCGGACGGCGGCGGCAGCCCCAAUGAAAACGGGACGAAGCGGAAGCGAGGCGCGGGGUGA